GAGAUAAAAUAGGAUCGUUACGGAAUCACGCGUUUUACAAAUAGCUAUGUUUUCGUUGUACGAUGUUUUUCCCUCAUACAUGAGCGAGAGUUAAAUGAAAAAUGAGAUUACUGCUCAAAAAAUUUCUCUAUUUAAUCAUAUGGUCAAAACCUAAAAACUAUGGCAACAAAUAAAAGAAAAAGCUGAAUGAAAACACGUUCGUUUCAAGACUUAGACAUAAAAGGCGACCGUUGCGUGGAAUGGCCCAGAUAAUGUUUUGACUAGCAUUUCAAGAUAAAAUUUGAAGUCGAGCAAUGCAAUAAUGCUUGAGGGAAAAACAUCGUACUACGAAAACAUAGUUAUUUGUAAAACGCGUGAUUCCGUAACGAUCCUAUUUUAUCUCCUUAAGUGUUAAUUUCGGAGCUAUAAAAAGAUUUUUUUCAAUCUAGCCCAUAAUCUUUUCUACAACAUUGCUAGCAAAAGUUUGCACAUAAAGAAUGAAGAUUAACUAAGUUUUUGACAACUCUAAAUUGUUUCAAUGACUGUUACAUUUUUGGUGAUUUCGUACUAGCCCAUAUUUUUCUUAUAAAACUUGAACAAAACAUUCAAAUUUUAGAGAUUGUCGAGCACGUGAUUAGAUAGAUUUGGUAAGAAUUUAAGCAUCAUAUCCUUUAAACUGACUAAGAAAUUACAGUCAGAAGUGGAAAAAACGUGAUUCCGUUACGAUUAUUGUGACCAGUCUCAAGGGAUUGAUACGUGGAAAGAUUUUGAUUGUUGAUUGGACAAAAGUCUACUACAUUACCCACCAUUUAUAGUGCUAAAAUUAUUGCAGCCUGUUUCACUGCCUUUUUGUAGAAUAUGCGUCGAUACACGAAUUACAAUCAACUGUCUGGUCUCAUUGCCAGAUGGAUUUAAAAGCAGCCAUUGGAUAUGAUCGAGAAUUGUUCACCAUCAAAGAUAAUACAUGUCCUGAGUUUCACUCUCUUUUUGACAAAAGAAAAGAUCCUUUUCUAUCUUACAAUAUUCUAAAGCUAUUGAAUAAAUUGUGGCGAACAAUUAAUCAUUAUUUUGCUGCUCAAAUUCAAUUAACGCGUAAUCAUGUGCCUUUAUUGGCAAUUGAAUCGACAUUUUGUCUUGAUGUAAAACGUUGUGAAUGGAUACCGGCUAUCGUAAUGAAACGUGAAAAUAGUACAAUAAUACAAGAAAUUGAAAUGAGACAGCCAAGAGAUGUUUAUCUUUUCCAAAUGGAUAAUUUUCUUCAACAAUAUUUCCCACAUCUUGACUCUACUAAAAUUUCAUUAACAGAGGUAGAAUUAAUUACUAAUAUUCUUGAAUUUAAACAGAAUGUGAAACAAAGUGAUAUGCUCGUAUUAUUGUUACAUUGGGCCACUCAGUUACCCAAAGAAGAGCUAGAGUCAUUUGUCGUUCGUCAUACGUUCAUUCCGUGUCCUUCAUUAUCUGCUCGUUGCUCAUUUGCUGAUCUUUGUCAAAAUCUAAGUAAAAUAUAUAAAUAUAUUGGACAGGAAUAUCUCAGUAGAUUUAUUGAAUGGCCCAUUAUCUUUAAUGGUAGUGAAUUUCUAUUUUCUCAUCAAUUCUAUUGGUCAGAUGAAACAACAUUAUUGAAUAAAUAUUCUCAGGAAGAACGUCAAUCGUUACAAAUGCAUUAUAAAAAUGAUGUUGAAUUACAAACGUUGUUUACAAAUACAUUUCAUAUUGAUUUACAUCCAUUAGUGAAAGAUUUUAUACCUGUGUUAAACUAUUUUAUUAAAUUAAAUGAAUUAACUCAAGAUCAAUUGAGAGAUGUAUGGAAAUUAUUUGUUAUAAUAACAAGAGAAGAUGAUGUAUUUGAUAUGACUGAUCGACCAUUUAUUCCAUGUCGAUCGACAGCACCAAUGUCAGUUAAGUGGGUUAAAUUAGAUGAGAAACCGUUAAUGUCAAAUGAUAAUGAAAUGGCUCAAUUAUUUCAAGAUAUUCUACCCAUCAUAAAACUUCCCAGUAAGUUAAGUGAUUAA